CGGCCUUUGGCAAAUUCGUUAUUUUAUUUUUUUUUUUUAUUUGAGUCUCUCCCAGUUUUUAGCUGAAAGACUGUUUUGCAUUUGGGGGGCAUUUUUUCUUUCUUUGCUAACCAUCGCUGAUAAGAUUUUGCUCCUGGACUUACCGCGCCUGCCACGUUGGACUCCUUGCUUCGAGCAUCUUCCCUCCAACAUGACUUCGUGCUCGCUCUCGCAGCAAUGCCAGUCCUCCCAGCCCGAAGGCGAUGCCAGCUGCCCUUACAACACCUGGAUCUCCGCGUCCCAGCCAGAGCCUUUUACGGCCUCAAGCCCGUACUCUAAUUUCCAAAUCCAAAGUCCGGAAAAGCUCCAGCCAAGCACAGCUAUUUCUCCUGCUACUCCGACAUCUGUGGAUAUGUUUGUUCAAGAUAUUCCUGACUCUGCCACUAGCCCAACUUCAAAUAACCUUUCCUCCCAGAACAAGCCCAAGAUCCACCAAGGAAAAGAAGAUCAGAACCUAGUCAAAAAAUCUAAAAUGAGAACAGUGUUCUCUCAAGCUCAACUGAAUGUACUCAACAGUAGAUUCCUGGAGCAAAAAUACCUUAGCCCUCAGCAGAUCAGAAAUGUGGCUGAGAAUUUGAACCUUACUUAUAAACAGGUCAAGACCUGGUUUCAGAACCAGAGAAUGAAGUCAAAGAGAUGGCAGAAAGACUCCAUGUGGUCCAAGAACAGCAAUAAUAUGGUUCAGAAUGGAUCAACUGUUGGGGAAUACAUAAGCUUCUACUCUCCAUUUCACCAGGACUACAUGGUGAAUCCUUCUGGAAACCUUCCAAUGUGGAGCAACCAGACUUGGAAUAACCAGUUUCAGAAUGGUGGAGAGGGCUCCUAUCAGCACCAGGUGUUUCAGCACUCCUACCCUGCCAGUGACUUGGGGGCUCCCUUUGGAAAUACUAUUAGUGAGGUCUAUCCCAUGAAACCGCAGAUGACUAUGAGUUUUAGCGCUCCCCACACCAUGGAAUAUCUCCCAAGCUACUCCAUGAACAUGCAGCUGACCCACAAGUCAGAGGAGGACUAUGAUUAUCAGCAAGUCAGUGAUGUUGUUCAAACACAAUUCUUAGAUCCCAGUGGAGUACCUAUAUUCCAAUCAUAACUUAGGCAAUUACUUCUGCCUCUACCCCCUCUCCAUUCCCACUCCCCAAAAAGUAUUAUUUCCACUGUUUUCCCCCCUACAUUUUUAGUAUUUCUAUUAUGUAACUAUUGUUGUUUUGAUUUGUAUGAUUAAAGCGUACAUAUAGAGAGUCUUUAGUUUUUGCUGGCUGGCUCCAGGUUUAGGCACUAUUGGGCUAUUUAUAUUUAUACAAAAAGUCCAUAAGCUUCAGAAUCCUGAUCUAAAUGAUAGGGUGAAACUCAGUAUUAAAAGGAAAAAAAUAGGAAAAAGUAUAUAAUAGGAAAAGAUGGGUGGGGUGGAAUUUUAUACCUUUGUGGGUUUUUUUAACUUGUAUUUUGGUAAAUUUAUGGUUAGGGUAAUAAGUUAAGUUAGUUGUCUUUGGGAUUUUUAUUAAUAUAUUUUAAUAGAAAUAGAUGUUCAUGCUUGUGCUUUCCCUCCAAAAUUGUCCCUCAGUUUAUCCUUGUAUAUAUCUUGUUUGUACAUAGUUACUUGCAUGAUCUCCUGUUAGAUUGUGAGCUCAUUUGAAGCCAGAAACCAUCUUUUACACUUUCUUUGUUUUUUCAGUGCUUAGCACAAUGCCUGGCACA